GUUUAUCGAUAAGACAAAUAGCACGCAGUCGACUGUGUGUUUUGUUGUUCAGUGCUACAGGGAAUGACGGUUCGGGCCUGAGGUUUGCGCUUGGUCACCGUGGCGACGGUUACUCUAUUGUGAAAUCUCUCUCGUUUUUUCUAAGUUUACGUUAAUGUACAGGCUGCUAAAGUGAUAUUUUUUUUAUUCACAAAUCCGCGAUGCCACGGACGCUCAUUUGCUUGCGUUACUUUCUCAUCGGUGGUGCUAUUGUCGUCGGUGUAUGUGGUAUCGUAGAGAGCAUAUGUGCUGGUUAUUUCAUAUACCAACUGUAUGAAUAUUCCCUUCUCACGCCUAAUCAUGUAUGCGGUUCACCAACAAUUCUGCUAGUGAUGGGCCUGGUAACAUGUUUGCUAUCAUGGUGCGCCUGGCAAUUCGUUGAUUUCACAAAUAGAAGUCAAGUCAUAAUUUUUUUCUUAGCGCUAAUAAUCGUUACGAUUAUCAACACGAGUACUGGGAUUUGGGCUCUUGUAAGGCACGAACGAGUGGAUGUAUUACCAGUUGACUAUCUCAAUCAAGUAUUCGAACAUGCUGUUUCGAACGAUAAAGCUUCUUGGGAUCGCAUGUAUUUCAAGUUACGUUGCUGUGGAGUAAACGGACCCAUCGAUUAUCGCGACCAUGACGCAGUUCCCUGGUCGUGUUGUGAUACUACGUCGGUACUUGCAAAUUCUGACGAUAGUAUAGGCACCUGUAAUACAAUGUACGCAAAAGGUUGCCACCAAGUAGUAAUAAAUCGUACUAGAUCGAUCCUCCUCCACGUUUUUUUGCUCGCGUUGUGUACAGUAUUAUUACAGGUAGGUUACAUAAUAUGUAUGACAUGUUAUAUGAAAGCAUGUCGGGAAUUUACGGAAAGGAGAAAUGAUCUAAUUGCGACUGCGCAAAUGCUUGCGCGAGCAUCCAAAGAUAUGGGAACGAACGAUAUCCUUCUCAGUCAGCAGCCAAAGAAUUCUACAGAAACUAACAAUAUAUACAAUGUUAACAAUAGAAAUGUAUAAUUAUGCUACUUUCAAUAUGUCACGUAUCACUUUAUACGUAGAAUUCGUAUAAUACCUGGUGCUAUAUCAUACAUUGUGAAAUUCUGCGAUAAAAUUAUGCCACAUUGUAAAAUAUUCGAUCUUAACGCAAGGUUCCUUAGUUCGAAGAUAAUUUUUCAAAUGGAAUGAUAUUUUGUAUAAGAUUUAGCGUAAGAACACGUAUAUGCUAUUAUCACCGAAUUCAUUUCCUCAGUACUGAUAAAGAGAGUGUGAGUGAUGUUUGUCUGACUUAAAUGUACAAUUGUAGAUCUCCUGAUAUAAAACAGAGUAAUUUUCAGUAAUCCGGAACGAUGUAUGCCAUGUGUCCAUACAGAAAGUAAAUAUUUGUAACAUGAUAUGCAUUUCUUAUUUUACGUUUUCGAUUUAUUUUGAAAUUUUAACAAUUUAGUUAUUUUUAAUCCAUAAUAGGUUACUUUCAUUUCCAUUAAAAAUGUGAUUCAUUUCAAUUCCCAGCUUGUAGACCAAUAUUUGAUGUAUAAUAAAAUAUAUGUUUGGA